AUGGAGGUUAGAGCUGCCUGCUUCCAACUGUAUGCAGCUUCUCUUUAUAUUGUUCCCUCCAGACUGCAGUUCUUUGAAUACCAGUCCAUCUCAUUUCGCUGUGUGGGGUUCGAUCCCUCCAUUAAAUGGAGAGGGGUGAGGAACACCAACGGGUUCGUACCAACGUGCAGGAACGGCACGGGAAAGCCGACGAUGGACUGCAUCUUCAACGCCUUCGAAACCGACAGUGGAGAAUACUGGUGUGAAGGCGAAGAAGGAGAGAGAAGCAGCGCCGUCAACAUCACUAUUACCGCUGGUUCUGUGAUCCUGGAGAGUCCUGCUCUUCCUGUGGCCGAGGGACAAACUGUCGUCCUGGUCUGUAGAAGCAAGGCAGCUCUUGAAAACCAAAGAGUAGAUUUCUACAAAGAUGGCCACCACAUCGGGACGGGCUGCUUUGGAAAGCUGGUCAUCCCGGCUGUCUCCAAGUCGGAUGAAGGGCUGUACAAGUGCAGCAUCUCCAGAGCCGGUGAAUCACCAGAGAGCUGGUUGGCUGUGACGAAUGACACUUUAAGAGAAGAAACCAACGAAGAGGCUUGCCUCCAGUCAGGCAGCUUCUUUCACGUCCUCCUCAUCUUGAGGACUGUUUUCACCGUGCUGAUGGUGGCUCUGCUGCUCCUGCUGGUGGGACUCCUUCACUACGGGAAACUCGGAGGUAGACACAAAGACUUCACUCGACGAUGAAAGGAUCACCAACGAAACAAAAAAAAAAAAAAAAAAACAAAAGUUGUACCGCAGUGUGUUUUUAUUUUUGAUCUGCUAUCAGUAUAUGUUUAAUUUUACCUGUUUAAAUGCGUCACAGCGCUGCAAAGACGUGCAAAGUUUAUCAAAGUUACGUGAGAAACAGAAUGACUUGCCAUGUCUUUCACCAC